UCAAUAAAGAUGAUGACUGUUUUCCCUCUGGCAAAGCUAGAAUUCAAGUCCUGGGUUAAAAUAUUUGAGAAAUUUCAUAAAGAAAUUUAUAAAACAAAUGAAGAAGGAAGUGACCCUUCAAAGGCAAAAAUUGGAAUACAACCAAAUCAAUCAUUUGAGAAAUUCAGAACUGAAUUAGAAACAAUGGACUAUCUCCAAUCAUGCAUUUGUAACAAUACCACCAUAAAAAUGGAUUAUCAAUAUCUCACCUCCCUUGAAACCCUCUACCUCCAGCCCACCCAAUCAAAAACCUCAAAAUCCUACCUUGAGUUCCUUCGUGUCCUCAAAGCCACCGUCAAAUUCAACAGUGGGUAUUCCAACUCUAUCAAUACUUCCUUUACCCUGCACUGUCCUUUCCAAGCCCAGUCAGUCACUUAUCAAGACCCAAGCGUUGCAGUGACUUACCUCACCUACAACUUAGCAGUAAUCCUUUACGCUAAAGGUCUACUUGAGCUCCAAGCUCUUCAAGAAAGAACUGAGUUUCCUUCAGAAUCUCUCUUCUUAAGAAGCGCUAAGCUGAUUACAUACGUGUUAUCUCAAGAGAGCUCUACUGACCCCAGUGAGGUUCCAAACACAGCUUCUUCAGGUAAUAUUUGUAGAAAAAGACAAGGCAAGUUGAGUUGGUGACUGUUUAGAAUCAGGUUCCUAAAAAUGCUCCAAUUGUUAGCACAAGUUUUGGAUUUAGUCACCUGAUAUUGAAGAUCAAGUCUGAAUGGAAGUAUGGCUCAAGAUAGAGGGGAAAGAGAGAGGAAGGGUAGAGAAGAUGAAAUUAUUGGGUUCAUUUAUAUAGCCAAGGAGCUGUUUGGUCUUUUAGUAGAGAAAGAAGAGGAAUGUAAAACUAUGCCGAGUUGAUUUAGAAAGUUGGUUGAUAAUAUCAGGAAUUGGGCAGAUUAUUUGAUAUUAAAUACUGGCUCAGAGCUAGGAAUCAAGCUAACUCCUACUACCAAAACCGCUCUAAAAACAACAUCUCAAACUCACCCAAACCUCCACCUAAUAUUCCCUAAAGAAGACCCUCCUAAAUCUGAUCACAAAGAAGCCCUCAGAGUCUACGAAGCCAUCCUAAAGCAUGCUCAAAAGCAGGCUUUAAACUUCCAAGAUAUAGCUUCAGGAGAAGACUCUUACCUCCAAAGAGCCAUCGACCCCAAGUACAAGCCAAAUCUUAGCAAGAGAUCUCUGGUCAAAUAUCGUAUUUCUAAGUUUCAGAACAGAGACUUCAUCAAGUGAUACAAAUAGAGAAGCUAUUUCAAGGAUCAAUUUCUAUACCAAAUGAUUCGAAUAUUACCAAGAUCACGCACACAAGAUCGGUCAGAGCUCUCAGAAAUCAGAGAUAUCUUCCAAAAUCAAUGAGACUAAGAACUUCCUGAAUGCAUCCAAGGUGAAUAUUACCAAAUGUAUAAAAUUCAAGAAGAGCAUCCCCACAAUAGCAAAGGAAUUCAAAUCAAAACUAACAGAUAUUUAUAAAUAAGAGAGAUACCCUCUGUGAAAAGUUGACCAAACUUCAGAUAAAAUGUAUAGAAAGUUGUGUGAAGAACGGUGAUGGUCUGGGAGGCUCUCUCGAAGACACUCUGUUAGACCAGCAGAAAUAAGUUCGUUGAAAAAGUAAACACCUACUUGCAAGGUGUCUUCCGCUUAUACCAAGAGACUAUUUUUAAAGAUAGCAAUUUUUACAAAACUCUUCAGGCUAAUCUACAGAAAUCUGAAUCAGCCUUUUCCAAAGAGCUAGCAUCCUUUUCUUCAUCGAUCAAUAUGAGUGAGCCUAGUCACGAGCAACUUGGAUCUAUCAAUGAAGAAGAAGACGAAUUCGAAGAGGCCAGCAAGGAAAUAUGGGACAUCAAAGAACAAAUUGAGCAGACACUGCACGAAACUUGCCUUGAUAGAAUAGAAGACGAGUACUUAAACAACCACGGGACUUCUCAGGACAAAUAAAACUGUAGCCAUACAAGUCUUGAAGUAUCUUCCAAAUAAGGAUAAAGGAAACAAAUUUAAAGAGGAUAUUGAUACAGCGAUUAAUCAAUCACAACAAAGAGAAGAGAGCUUUGGAAUGAAGUUAAAUAAUUUACUCAACCAAAGCGAACAUCUGCAGAAAAAGACUUCAAAAGCAUUGACCCUGAUCACUAUAGUAGAAUGUUUCAAAUUAAUUAUUAAUGACAAGUACACAGAAAUAGAAGACAGUGAGGACUUCAAUGACAAAGAAAUGCAAGAAUUUGCCAGCUUAUUCCUGAAGCUUCAGAAAAUCAUACAUUGGACACAAGACAAGAUUAAGAAAGAAAGAUCAGAAAUGGUUCCUCCAGAGAUUAUGAUGAGAUUUUCUUCAUAG